UCAGAAUCGGCUCUUCGCACUAAAAGUACAAAACACCGCCCGUCUGUCAUGUCCCCCUCUCCGCGAGGGGUGGGUAGUGGGUGCACAUUCCCGGCCUCCAUCGUUGUGUCUCCUCAUCCCUGCCGUGCCUGCCCCUGCUGCCUGCCCGUUCGGUGGCCCGCGCGCGGUAUACGAAGCACGAUUGCCCAAAAAAGUGCAGUUGCGGCCACGCCCCCUGCAGCCGCCCGCCCAGCUUUCCCAGCCAGCCAGCCGCCUGUCGUGCACACACCGUCCCAGUGUCGUCGCCAGGGCGGAGCUCGGCUCGACAUCGUCUGCGGCUCCGAAAGGCAGAAACAAAGCCAGGGGAGAAAAAAAAUCCCACGUUAUAUGCUGCCGGCAUCCCCCUCCGCCGCUGGGCCUGUCCUGCAUUGAUUCCCCAUCUCCGCCCGUGGACCCUUUUUCUCGCUCUGGCACUCUCUCGCACGUCAUGCGCCCAGCGUCACAAUCCGCCUAGAGGUACCUGCCCGCACAGGUUGCUGCUCGUCGUCCGAUCCGAGCCUCCCGGGCUACCCUACCUAAACUUGCCCGCACGAGCUGCCGCAGCACCUGCGCAUAUGCACGAAACCUCUCUUGGACGCUGCUGGGGUCGCUAACCACCACUACCUAUACCGCUACUGAACCUAUAAUCACCCGCCCUGCACUCGCACCAGCACAACCUGCACACCACCCUCGCUCGGGACGCAGGCUCAGCGCCCGCCGCCUCCCUUCGUGUCCUGGUUUGUCGUCGAGCGUGCAUUACGCCGCAUCCGACCAAGCACGUCCAGCACCAGCCGGAAGCAGGAAAAGGGCGGGACACGGGCGAGCUGAAAAAAGAGGGGGACCAAGCAAGGAAAGAGGGGGACAGGGACCGCCGGCCAGGGUCUCACGUGAGUGCCGGGCUAAACAAAGGACGGGCGCCAGGGGAGGGUGAGCGCUUCGAGCACAGGGCAAAAAGGAUUGACCGGCUGGAGUGUGUCACGGAAAGACCACAGAGACAGGAGGCUUGCAGGUUGCAUACCGAUCGCAAUACCGACGCAAUGGCUCGAAAUCGCGUGCUCUCGUUUGUUUCCCAGUUUUCCGGGGCUCAUCUGCGGGAUUCUAGAACUCCGACUCCCAACUCCUCCCCGCCAAACAACGCUACCAAGCCCGAGUCUGGCAUCCCGCCUCUGCAGACAUCACUGGGCCACAACCACGGUCCUCCCGACUCGGCUGUCUUGUCACCAACCCCCAGCUCGCCUGCCCGCCCAGAGUUCACCGGUUUGCCGCUGUCUCUAUCAGGAUCCCCGACGGACGGCGUUGAGCCCAGGACAGGGAGACAACGCAGCAGUUCCAGGCCCCAAUCUAUGAUCCAAACAUACCACCCGCCCAUCAUGGAUGUCACCGAGGAGACCAUCCCCGAGCUUCAGCCCAUCUUUACCCUUCUCAACAACCACUCGAACAAGCUUUACCAGGAGGGCUACUUUUUGAAGCUCGACGACCAAAACGCCCAGGGUCGACCGAAUCCGGACCGAACUUGGACAGAAUGCUUCGCCCAGCUUGUCGGGACGGUGCUCUCGCUAUGGGACGCUGCGGAGCUGGACAGCGCGGGUGACAACGGAGAAGUUCUUCCCAAGUUUAUCAAUCUCACCGAUGCAUCCAUCAAAAUGAUUGAGUCCCUACCCACGAGGUCGAAUGACGAGCAGCCCCUCCAGAACAUCCUCAGCAUAUCAACAGCCGGUCGAAAUCGCUAUCUCCUCCACUUCAACUCUCACCACUCGCUGAUCCAGUGGACUGCCGGAAUCCGCCUGGCGAUAUUCGAGCACUCGACGCUUCAGGAGGCUUACACCGGCGCUCUGAUCGCCGGCAAGGGCAAGACGCUGAACGGAAUCGGCGUCAUCAUGGAGCGCGCCAGAGUCAAGAGCGAGGACUGGGUGAGAGUCCGCUUCGGUGCUGGUGUACCAUGGCGGAGGUGCUGGUGCGUCAUAUCACCACCGGACGAGAAGGAGUACCAAAAACAGCAGAAGGACCUCAAGAAGCGGUCGCCGUACGACCGAUCACCCGUGCCAAUCCUGAAGGGAGACAUCAAGUUUUACGACACACGCAAGGAUGGCAAGAAGCAGAAAAAGGGCAAGCCCAUCGCCUCUAUCUCUGAUGCGUACGCUGCCUACGCAAUCUACCCCCAGGCUAAGUCUCUCAUCGACGCCUCGACGCUGCUCAAGGUCGAGGGUAACAUCACGAUCCACUCUGACCCGCCCUCUUCCACGGAGGGCUUCGUCUUUAUCAUGCCCGAGGUGCACCCGGCCGUCAGUGGCUUUGAGAUGCUCCUGAGGUACAUGUUCCCGACGUGGGACACGUUCGGGCUGUACGGUCGGCCGGGCAGGCUGGUGGCAAGCGUUCUCGACCAGAGGUCCCUCAUGUUUGGCAUGCCAAAGCACAAAAAGUAUGGCUAUCUGGAGAUACUGGACGUCACAAGCCUGAUAUUGUCCGAAGGAAGCUCUGGCUGGUCCGAGAGGGAGUGGAGACGACGCCUGAGGGAGCUGACGGCGGCAAGAAUGACCGCCAUGGACGAAGACCCCAAGGGACAUAGUCGAAGCUCCAGCCGGAGAAGCGCCCGGCUCAGCAUUGGACCUGGCUCCACCGCCCGUGAUGCGUCAAAACCCCGUGUGGGUUUUGCGGACGACGCGGGAUCAGCCAGGUCUGGGCGGUCCAUGUCUGUCUCGCGAUCGGCGAUGCGCAACGACUCGGCGCCGCCGCCUUCGGAGAGGAUGCGGAGCUCACCACCUCGGGCUGGUUAUCAUGUCCGUAACUCGUCAGAACCCCGCAUCGACGGCAUGGCGCUACCCGUCCGUGGCCAUGGAGGCUAUGACGCCCCCAACUCGGGCUACUCUUCGGGACCCGCCUAUGGCCAUCCUCAACAGUCUCGGGGUUUCCAGAACGGGCUCGCCACCACGCCAGAGCGGGUCAGCUCAGAGGAUGAACGCGCGAAUCCGCCUCCGCGUGACUUUGGAAAUAUGGAGAGGAUGCAAACCCCAGAGCCCGUCCAACCGCCGCCUGCCUUUGCCCACUCCCCCUCGUCACGCCCGGCUGGGAAGCCGUAUCAUUCUCCUGAGCUAAGGAGGGCCAACAGCCGCCUCUCCAGCACUACCCUCGCCCAGCUCGCCAAAGCUGGUGGGGUUCCACCGUCAGCUUACCGGGACGAACUCGGAAGAACGAGCAGCGACGAAAGCUCGGGGUCGCGACCCUACCAUGGGGACCCAAGAAGCCAAGGGGUUAGGGACGCACACGCCGAAACCAUGGGAAUCACUGCUAAUUCGAAUGGGUCCCAAGUUCUAAACUCCCCGAACCACCAGGCCUCAGCCGGACAGCAAACCGGUGGCCAGCCGCUGCCCACGGGCGCGCCCGCUCCAGAGCGAUAUAUGUCGCCCCUGAACCAGUCCAUGAUGGCUUCGGAACCAGUCCAGGAACGAGGAGACAACCCCCAACCGUCCAUGAUGCCACUCCCUCCGCAAGGGCCCCCUCCGGCAGGGCCACUUCCUUCCCUCACCUCAUCUCCACCACACAGAAAGCCCCUCCCUCAGCAGCAGCAAGCAGCUGGCGUCUCCGGAGUUCCGGGAUACGCCCUGCACCACGACCCUCUACGCCAGUUUGGGCCCCAUAAAGCCACGCCACCUCAAAACACCCAGCCGAGCCGGCAUCUUUCACAAAUGAGUCAAUCCAGUAGCCUUUAUGACGACGCAUCCUCAACCGCCAGCCCGGACUACGCCAGCACCAGAUCGUCCGAAGCACGCGAAUCCAUUGAUCGACCACGGGCCGGAGUCUUGAAGACAGUUGGUGCUGAGCAGCAGGUCCAAGUCAACAAUGUCAAUCAUGAUUUCAACAUUCCCGAGAUCAACUUUGGCCCUACCGUCAACUACGCUGCCGCGGGCUCCCCUCGGAAUAAGACGCCUUCCCCUAACCACAACACCACACCAACCAGGGGAAACGGCCACAGUCGAAACGAGUCUGAAGAUACACUUAGGCGACGCAGCAUGGCCUGGCAACCUGGCGGCGUCACGGUGAGCCCGGGGGAGCGCUCCGGUGCCCUGACCCCGGAGCAGUUUGUUCAGCAGCGAGCCGCGGCGGCAUCGACACCCAUGUACUCUCACUCGCGCACCCCAUCUGGAAACGCUCUAGCGGCAUCGCGGGGCAACACACCUACUCCGCCUCUCAUGAAGCGAAGGUCCAGCUUCGAUAUGCUAGCUGCCAGCAGGGUGGGCGGCCAUUCGCGGUCAGGCUCUGCUGAGCUUCUCGGACAGCGCCCCACUUCGCAAGGGGCCCUCCAGGCUCUAGGCGGGGGUCCUGGUGACUACUCUUCUCACCUGUCUGCCCGAGAGCAGGAACACGUGUCCCGGGUCACUGGCUCACCCCUGAUUGCCGUGGCCGGCGGCCGUGGACAGACAAUACCCCCAAAUGGUGGCCUUGUCGCUGCCAUUGAUGCCAGGGAACGCGAGAAACAGCAGAUGAAGCAGGGUAUCAGCUCGGUGCUUGCCCAGAACGCCAUCAAUCAACGCCAACAGCAGCAAGAGCGUGAUUACCGUAUUCAGCAGCAGCAACACCACCAGCUCAUGCAACACCAGCCACAAGUGCAGCAGAACAUGUACGCUGGAAUGGGAGCUCCGAUGGGGCAGCCCGGCCCUGAAUCCCCUUCCAUGUACUUCGCAGGGGGACAGGCCAAUGGUGCGCCGUCCAUGUACUCGGGAUACGGCGGAAUACGUGCUUCUCCGGGAGCAGCAGGACCUGGCGGCUCCCCUGGAGGAGGUAGGGGCCAUAUGGGUCCGGGCGCCGGGCCUGGCUAUGGCUCUCCUCAGAUGCAGAAUCCAGGUCGUGGCAGCCCCAUGAACCACCCAGGCGCGCAGGCAUAUGCGCAAGGUGGAGGCUUUUCACGCCCCUUCCCGAUGCAAGGCCAGCAGCAAUCAGCACCGAGGCAGUACGGCCAGCCUGGGCCACAGCAAUUUUCGCCUGGUGGUGGAUUCGUGCCUGGACCUCAAGGCCAGCAACCCCCAAACCGUCGUCCGGUGCCGCAGAACGCCAUGGGCCGUGGGACUCCCCAGUACCAAGGGCAGGCCUUCUAGCGGAGGGCACCCUGGGCUCUUGGACAGCUUCUGCGGAGACGACCUGUCAUUCCUGUGGCGGCCCAGUGAGUUAAUAGGAGGAGAUAUACGACACAAACGACAAGUUGCAUCGGCCUACAACGGAGUUUCGGUUUUCGAUGAUAAUUGCUACGAGAUGGGAAAUUGCAUCAUCUUUCUUACACAACAUUGAGCCAUUGCAUCGCCUCUGGCUGGGACAGGAUGCACACACGCGCGUCCAAGACUAUUUCACGGCUGCAUGUUUUCAAGCGGUAAACUGAUAACGACAUACUACUAGACUGGGCUUGGCUUUCCUUUUGCUUUUGUACCGUGGCGUUAUGGAUUUAGGAGAACGGGGUUAUAGUAAUAGCUAAAUCACUUCGCACCGCUGA